AUGGCAAUGUAUGUUUCAGUUGCCACCCAAAAUGCCGCCCCCAAUGUUACCCGUCGGUCUGCAAAUUACCAUCCUAGCGUUUGGGGAGACCAUUUUCUGAGAUAUGCUUCUGACACUACAGAAAUUGAUACUCAUUCAGAGCAACAACAUCAACAACUAAAAGAAGAAGUGAAGAAGAUGCUAGGCACGGUUGCUAAUAAGCCUUCACAGCAACUGAACUUGAUUGAUGCAAUCCAGCGUCUAGGCGUGUCUUACCAUUUCGAUACUGAGAUUGAUUCAGUUUUAGGACACAUUUAUGAGUGUUGUACUAGUUGUGAUAAAAAAGAUGACGAGGACCUUUACACUUCAGCCCUUCGUUUCCGAUUGCUUAGACAACAAGGACAAAAUGUCUCUUGUGAUGUGUUCAAGAAGUUUAAGGAUGAGGAAGGGAAAUUCAAGGAAUCCCUCAACACUAACGUUCAGGGAUUGUUAAGCUUGUACGAAGCAACACAACUCAGGGUGCAUGGAGAAGGUAUACUAGAGGAAGCACUAGCAUUUACUACCACCAACCUCAAGUUCUUGUUACCCCACUUGACCAAUCCUCUGGCUGAGCAAGUAAAUCAUGCUCUACAAUGGCCCAUCCGCAAGUGCUUAACAAGGCUAGAGUCGAGGCAUUACAUGUCUAUUUACCAAGAAGACAAUUUGCAUAAUCAAGUAGUACUAAACUUUGCAAAAGUGGAUUUUAACCUAUUGCAGAAAGUGCAUCAGAGAGUUAAUUGGUAUUACAAGAUGUGUAUAGUGAAAUGGAGAAAGAGAUGGCCGAGAAAGGCAAAACAUAUUCCGUCAACUAUGCUAAAGAAGCAGCAAAUGAAAAAAUUAAUUAGAGCAUACUUUCCAGAGGCCAAGUGGUUUAAUGAAGGCUAUGUACCAACAACGGAGGAGUAUAUGGAGGUGGCGCUUGUUUCCUGUGGUUACAUGAUGCUUUCCACCACUUCCUUUGUUGGCAUGGGAGAACUGGCAACCAAGGAGCAUGAGCAAGAGAGAGGACACGAAGCAUUAACUGUGGAAUGUUACAUGAAACAACACGGUGCCUCAAAGCAAGAGGCGUAUGCUGAGUUUGGCAAACAAGUUACAAAUGCAUGGAAGGAUAUAAACCAAGAAUGCCUCCAUCCAACCGCUGUCCCGAUGCCUUUUCUAAUGCGGGUUCUCAAUCUUGCAUGCUUCAUGAAUCUUCUCUACAAGGAUGGAGAUGGGUAUACAAAUUCCAAAACCAAGUGUAAAACCUAUGUAACCUCGCUUCUUGUUGAUUCCGUGCCAAAAUGA